GGCAGAGACUAGGUAGAACAGGUUUCCGGCCACAAUCCCAGGUCUCUGCCCCUGCCGUCCCAUCCUGGGGAGAAGAGAAGGCCGAGCAGAUUGAGUCACUGUUGCUGGUGUGAGGCCCCUCUGGAGGGCUCGGAGGAUCCUGAGAGGCCAGUGCAGGGGUUCUCCCUGGGGCCACUGCUGACUUCUGGGCCCUUGGGGCUGGGGGCCGAAGGAGUGGAGGGGGCCGGCUCCAGGGAGGCUGCCCUGGGCCCCCGCGGGCGCCGUGGAUGGCGUGGCAGGUGAGCGUGCCCGAGCUGGAGGACCGCCUGCAGUGCCCCAUGUGCCUGGAGGUCUUCAAGGAGCCCCUGAUGCUGCAGUGCGGCCACUCCUACUGCAAAGGCUGCCUGGCGUCCCUGUCGCGCCACCUGGCCGCAGAGCUGCGCUGCCCCGAGUGCCGGCGGGAGGUGGACUACAGCAGCUCCCCACCCAACGUCUCCCUGGCGAAGGUGAUCGAAGCCCUGCAGCUCCCAGGGGACCCGGAGCCCCAGCUGUGCGCGCACCACCGGAACCCGCUCAGCCUCUUCUGCGAGAAGGACCAGGAGCUCAUCUGCGGCCUCUGCGGCCUGCUGGGCGCCCACCAGCACCACCGGGUUACGCCCGUGCCCACCGUCUAUAGCCGCAUGAAGGAGGAGCUAGCAGCCCUCAUCUCCAACCUGAAGCAGGAGCAGAAGAAGGUAGAUGAGCAAAUUGCCAAACUGGUGAACAACAGGACUCGGAUUGUGAACGAGUCCGAUGUCUUCAGCUGGGUGAUCCGCCGUGAGUUCCAGGAGCUCCACCACCUGGUGGACGAGGAGAAGGCCCGCUGCCUGGAGGGGGUGGAGGGCCACACCCGCGGCCUCGUAGCCUCCCUGGACAUGCAGCUGGACCAGGCCCGGGGCGCCCGGGAGCGGCUGGUCCAGGCCGCGGGUGUGCUGGAGCAGUUCGGCAGCGAGAGUCACCACGAGUUCAUCCGGAAGUACCACACCAUGGCCUCCAGACCAGAGCUCCAGCAGGCCCGACUCUCGGAAGGUGCCUUCAGCCCCAUCUCCUUCAAGCCAGGCCUGCACCAGGCUGACAUCAAGCUGACGGUGUGGAAAAGGCUUUUCCGAAAGGUUCUGCCAGCCCCAGAGUCCCUCAAGCUGGAUCCGGCCACGGCCCACCCACUCCUGGAGCUCUCCAAGGGCAACACGGUGGUGCAGUGUGGGCUCCUGGCCCAGCGGCGCGCCAGCCAGCCCGAACGCUUCGAUUACAGCACAUGUGUCCUGGCCAGCAGGGGCUUCUCCUGCGGCCGCCACUACUGGGAGGUGGUGGUGGGCAGCAAGAGCGACUGGCGCCUGGGGGUCAUCAAGGGCACAGCCAGCCGCAAGGGCAAGCUAAGCAAGUCCCCGGAGCACGGCGUGUGGCUCAUCGGCCUGAAGGAGGGCCGAGUGUACGAGGCCUUCAGCUGCCCCCGGGUGCCCCUGCCCGUGCCGGGCCACCCCCACCGCAUCGGCAUCUACCUGCACUAUGAGCAGGGGGAGCUCACCUUUUUUGACGCCGACCGCCCCGAUGACCUGCGGCCACUCUACUCGUUCCAGGCCGACUUCCAGGGCAAGCUGUACCCCAUCCUGGACGUGUGCUGGCACGACAGGGGCAGCAACUCCCUACCCAUGGUGCUGCCGCCGCCCGGCGGGCCUGGCCUCCUCUCCCCACUGCAGCCCACCAAGCUGUAGGGCUGCCUUUCCGCUUGGCGUGGGGCUUGAGGGGUCCUGCUGACUCCAGUGAGCGAAGGCGAUGACUUCCUCUUUUGGGGAGGUCUUUGCCUGGGUGCCCCUAGAAACAUUUAUUGUUGGGAGAAUAACAUAGCCAGGGGCAUGUUUAUUAACCUCUAUCUGGCUAUUAACCUGCUUAUUAACCAGCAGAGCCAGGCCUUGGGGUCCAAGGGUCAAGCUGGGCUUCUCUUGUUGCACGCAGGCUCAGUCACUUC